AGGUAGUUAUAGAAAAACCGAUAUAUAUGCAAUCCGUUACCACGAAUAUUUUGAGACGCCUUAUUUUAUUUUCGUACGGGACAUGCUAAGCUACUUUGCACUUCUGGUCCUCCAUCUUUCCUUGUGCUUCCAACCUUCUACUCUUCACUUUAUUGUCGAGGAAUGGAUCAUCCUGGUUUUCUUCUUGGGCAGAUUUAUGAUGGAAGUUUACCAAGCUGUGAAUGGGUUCAGCAAUUAUCUACGUGACUCGUGGAAUCGUCUAGAUGUCAUCACCCUAAUAGUAUACGCCGUACUGCUUAUUCUCCGAGUGAUCACGUGGUCUGUUGAUACUUCUAUUUCAAACAAUCCCCUACUGGCCGGAGCAGGAUAUCUUUAUGGCAUAAAUUCCAUGCUGUUGACGUUACGUGUGUUUGGUCACAUCAUGGAGUUAAAGGCAAAACAUGGGGCUAUACAGAUAGCUUUGUUUCAAAUCACUGAAAAUAUUAUUGCAGUCUUUGGCCAGCUCCUCAUAGUUAUCUUUGCUUUUUCCCUUGCCAUUUUCAAGAUUCGUACGACACAAAUUUCGUUUGAUGGGACACCAAGUACUGUCUUUUUUGAAAGUUGGUGGAGCAUAGCGAAGCAUCUUUUGUGGUCUUUUCUUCUAGAACCACAGGUACUUCAUGUACCAUUUGAGAGGACCAUCGUCUUCGCUCAGAUUCUUUAUGUGCUGUUUUUGAUCAUUGCCGUAGUGAUGCUGAUGAACAUGAUGAUUGCUAUUCUAACGAACACAUACCAGCGAGCUGAG